AUGAAGAAGAUUACUUGGAUUCGCCAACCUGAAAAGAAAGACAUAAAGAUUUUUCGGAGUUGGAGUUCAGAUUUGGAAGUAUGUUAUCUUCGUCUCGUAAUUUUGAAGAAGAUUCGAUUGGACUUCGGUUAUGGGUUUUAUUUCAUUGAUAAGCCUCAAUCAAGUUCGGUUAUUGCUCAAGAUUUCCGCCGGUUUGAUUUAAGUUAG